AUGGUGCAGUUGUCUUCUUGGGUAGAUCUUUGGGAUCGACCUAGUGACCUAAUAAAAUAUCAUGAUAAUGGGAUAAAUCUUCAUGAAAGAUUGUAUAAAUUUCUGAUUGAAUUCGCCAAACUACAGAAUGAAGCAUUUAUUGCACAAAAACGAUUAUGUGAGAAACAUUUAAAUGAUGCACAAAAGUAUUUUGGUGUCUCCAAUAGUUAUGUUGCAUUUUUCAAUGAAUUUGUACAAAUUGUUCAGCAUAUUAUAGAUGCUGAAAAUUUAAUCUCAUGCUCUUUUGAAAUACACGCUAGUAGUGAAGGAAAAACAGUUAUUGAAGAUGAACGUAGACAGUUUAAACGAUGGAAAAGUGAAAGGUCGAAACUGUCUUCUGAAUUGAAAGCCCAAACACGUAUUAUUGAUGAUGAAAUAAAACGCUACCGUGAUAAAUAUCGUGAUAUGAUAAAGGCAAAAGAAGAUUAUGAACGUAUUAAUGCUGAUCAGAGUCAUUCGCAAUUCGAUGUAGAAAAGGCUUUAAGUUCUGCACGUUUAAAAGAAAUUGAUUUUGACCGAUCACGUAAUGAUUAUUCAGCUGCAUUAGAUCAAUUUAAUUUAUAUCGUAAAGAUUAUUAUUUACGUUGUCUACCAUUAUGGGCACAAGUUGGUAAAGGGUUAGAACAUGAACGAUAUACGCGUACACAAUCAUUAAUCAGUAUACUACACGAACGACUACGUGUAGCAAUUGAUCGUAUGACUACUGUAUGCGAAGAAUUUCAGUCAGUAUCUACUCAUCUGAACUCAGAUCAAGAUUCUGAAGAAAUUAUCAGUGCUCUGCGUAGUAACAAUCCACCUCCUGGUGAUAUUGCUUUUGUGGAUUUAUCUUCUACCUCACUGUCAUCUACACCGCAAACUGCACCAGUAAACAAUACAAAACAAGGUGUUGGUGGUGGUGGUUUAACUGAACCUAUUUACUCAACAGGUAGUGUAGUCCUACCGCCGAAUUUCCACUGUUCUGUUUGGGCAGCAGAUCAUGCAGCGAUGGAGACAAGCAGACAGUAUCAUCCUCAGGGAGAAGUAAUCUAUUCUGAAUCCGGUUCCAUACACUCUGCCUCGUAUGCAUCGACAACAGUGUCAACAAAUGGUCCAGUCAGUGGUAAUACUAGCCGGCGUCCUAGUGUAUGUGAUAGUCUGACUACUGCAAGUUUUCGUCAUCCUAGUCAACAAUUCUAUUCUUCUAAUGGUGCAGGAUUUCUUCGUAGGAUUUUUUCACGACGUAGUAGGAGUGUUGUAAAUUUAAAGACGAUUGCUGAUUUAUGUGAUCCAAAUCGAAUUAAACGUCAGGGAACAUUUCAUCAAACAACUGGCGUAUAUGAUGCCAUGAAUUCAGAAACUCAUGCUUCAAAGUUGAUGGGGGGUAGAUCAAGAGAUAAUAUUGUAAUUGAUGAUGCAAGCGACUUCUCUGAUUCAUGUUCUGAAUUAGAUAAUGAUGAAGGGAAAAACAAUCCACUUCAACGACAAAUAAAAAUUAAUUCAAUUCCUCCUAGUAAUGAUAAUGUUGCUUAUGCAAGUACCUCUGUUCUAAGUGGAUUACCUAAACCAGUUACAUCACAGUACCCCACUUCUCUGCCUGACAUGACAAAGAUGAUGACAAAUAACCCACCUAUAUCACAUCAUCAUCCUGGUUCAGAUUCACAGGCAGGAAAUUUAUCAUCAGGAAGAGAAAGAUCUUCCAUUCCCCUUCAUUACCUUGCUACAUUACGAAAAAAAUCAGCAACAAUCGAUGAUAAUGAUGAUGAUAGUGGUGCUGUUAAUCAUAAUGAUAGUUGUAAUAGACUGUCUAAACAAGAAAAGCCCUAUACUGCACCUUUAGCUGAACCAGAAACUGCGUCUAUUGUACCUCCAGCUAAAUCAGGAUUAUCGUCUCGACCAACGUCGUCCACAUCAUCAUCUUUAAACCAAAUGCCUGGAUCUUUGAAUGGUCAAAUGCCGACAUUAAAACAGAAUCUACUAACUGCCAAAUCUAUUAGUAAUAAUCCUGGAAAAAAUAACAAUAAUAGUAAAUAUCCUUCAGUAAAUGGUAAUGUCCAUUCUAAUUGCUUAGAUUCUAAUCGUGGUCAUCAGACAUUGAUAUAUUCACAAAUGGAAUCUUCAUACAACUAUUCAGGGGUAAAAAAAUCACAUCAAAGUCUGUAUGAUCAGAAUAAAAAUAUGUUGAAAAAUCAUGAACAGCAAAGACUUUGGCUUUCACAACAGCAAGAAGAAUCGUCACAGUUUCAUCAACAGAAACAGAGACACCAAAAUUCAUCACCUCAGGCACUGAACAACAGUGAGUCAAGUUCUACAAUAUCUGCUAGUAGUCAUAAUAAUCAGUAUAGGAAGUCAUCGACACAAGAGUCAUCACAAAUUGUUGCUAUCGGUGAUUGCAGCUCCUUAUACUCAUUUACAGGAGAUGGCUUCGAAUCUUGCUAUCUAGCAUUUGAAGUCGGUGAACAGUUUUACAUUUUGGCAAAUGAUCCCACUGAGGAUACUACUGACUGGCUUCAUGUCUGCCGUAUGCGAACCCUAGAAAUAGGUUAUGUUCCAACAGCUUAUGUUCAACAAAAUCUUUAUUCUCAACCAAUGAUCUUAUCGAAUUGUAAAAGUGUACAAAUUCAUGAUUCAGAUUCAUCAUCGACAACUAAAACAAGUAAUGUUACAUCUAAAAGACCAUCAACGAUAUCGCCUACACCAUCAACAAUGAAAAGUGGAGUGGGAAAGAGUUCAGAGAACAGUAUUACCAGUAACAAAAGUAUCAAUCCUAAUAUGAUGAAUAGAAAUUUUAGAGGUACUUCUCCGUAUGUUCGUUUAAGUGGAGUUUCACGAGAUACUGAUUUAUAA